AUUUUGCAGCAUUUGAGUGCUUAGUCACAUGACUGGACAGGGCAGUAGCUGCAUGAGGUCAAGCUGUUCUUUGAUAAAGGAUUUGGACUUUAUAUUUUGCAUCGGGCCGUUGUUGUGAGAGAACACCAUGAAGCUGGUUUUAAGCACGAGCAUGUCCCUGAUUGUAGUUUAUCUGUUGAUGCAGCCCUGCCAGACGUUUAUCGUCAGAGAGGUCUUAAUGAACCUGUGACCUUCCCGUGUACCUGCUCUGGAAACCAGUCAGAGGUUCUGUGGACCUGCUUCAUUCCCAGAAAAGCCGACAUCGCUACAUGUCACAGCCAGACAUGUCGGAUUGAACAGCGUUGUCUUAGAAGAUUUUCAGUAUCAGGUGACGCGAGUAGAGGAAAUUUCUCCAUGAGGAUCAGUUCAGUGGUCUACAAUGAUGCUGGCUCUUACAGGUGCACCUGUGAUAAAGCUGUAGCUACUGAAGUAAAACUAAAGGUUUAUGUUCCAACUGUCAUAAAGGCUAUCGAGGGGGAGAACAUCACCCUCCCGUGCUACGGACUCACUCACCAAAGUGUUAAAGAUGUAAAAUGGAUGAAAGCUGGACGACCGUUCCUGCUGUUCAUUCAUAACAGAUCUGUGACCCAUGAGGAAGCCUCAGCAGACAGAUUCAUGAUGUCUGUAGAAGGUUUUCAAGAUGGUGAUCUCUCCCUCCACAUCAAUUCAGUACAACAGUCUGAUGCAGGAUUUUACCAGUGUCUCAUCCACGACGAAGCUUACGAAGGGGAUCCACGAGCCGUCUUACUAAAAGUCAAAGAACACCAACCGGAGCACCAACCACCCACAACGCCCAACUACUACACACGAUAUCUAGGAGUAGCAGUAGCACUAGGACUGGUCCUUGCAGUCAUUUUCAGAGCGAUUGUUUACAUGAGAAUAAAGGACCGCAAAAAACCUGGAGGAGAGAGAUCCCAAAGCGCUAGAGCAGAGACACCCACCAGUCCUGUUCAAGAAGAAUUCCAAAUGAUCCCAAAAAAUUCAACAUGUAUAAUCCAGGAUUAAUUCAUACUUAAAGCUCUGCCACAGUGCUUUUUUAUCAUUUAGACAACAAAAGUUUGUGUUUAGGAAUUCUUGUUUCAUUUUACAUUUAUUGUUAUACCAACUUCAGCACAAUUAUUAUUGUUUGUCUUCUAAGGCACAUCUGUAUUUCAUCUCAUUCUAAUAUGAACUCUUAGUUGUUGUCCACCCCUCGCCCCCACUCCCAUAUUUUUCACAUAUACAGAGGAUCAAUCUUUAUCUGAACAAAUAUGGGCUCUAAUCCAUAAUAUACAUAUCAAAGACACUUAGCUGUGAUGUUCAGGGAUAUACAUACACUGUAGGCAGCAUCUGACACUUUAUUACUUUAAGACCAAAACAGACAGCAUCUUGCACUAAGAGGAAAAAAUGAAAAAAUGAAAGUUCUGGUAAAAAGAGUAGACGACACAUCAGUUGUUUCUAUCUGAAUUAGCUCACAUAUAUCGUGUAAUUAAAUGAGAACGCUAUAAAAAUUAAUAUUUCACUAAGUACAGCCGUUGGCACCAAAGCACUAAAAUGAGCUUAGAGAACUUAGAGUUUAUUACCAGCUACAGUUCAUGGGACAAGAUGAAAAAAAUCUAAAUGUAGAGGCUUUGGUCUGCCCAAUUAUUUUACUUGCCAAGGUAAUUUUUUACCUAGGUUUGCUCUAGUGAUGUUUGAAAAAUAAAGCAAGCAAAGUGUUGUAAUUGAACCAAUCAUUAGCGUCUUCAAAAUCAUGUGACCAAAUUAAUCGACUCCUUCUGUGUCUCACUUGGGGCCUGGGGACCAGUGCUCUGUGCCAUAAUAACAGUGGGUCAAAAAUAUAAAAAAUUUAUUUGUGGUAUUUUUUUUGUUAAAAAUCCUCCUGAGACUCCACCCUUUGACUUGUAUUCUCUGGGCUGGACCUUUGUUUGACUUCUGAGCGAUGUGAUACUUCUUACAUCUUCUUACACUGCAAUGUGCUCUGUAUAUUUUUGUAAUUUGUUAUUAGUAUUAUUUUUGUAUAUUUGUAUACUUUGUGUAAUUUUUCCUUUUUAGUUGGUUAUCUUCUGCAUUAAGUCUUUUUGAAGUCUCUCUUUCAAAUUCAAAUUUUAUUUGUCACAUACGAAAUCAUACACAGUACCACAUGUAGUGAAAUGCUUUUUACGACUGUCUUACAUAAAAGAGGAAAGAGUAAAAAAGAAAAUGUGUGGACAUGAAAGAUAGGGGAUAUAGUUAAGAAGUAUAGGGAAAAAUAGGGAAAAAAAAUUUAAAUGGUAAAAAAAAAAAAAA